AUGAAAGUUAAAUAAAUAAAAGAGAUAUUAGAUAAGCUUAAAGAAAAGUAUAGAAUGGAGAUGAACUAUAUUAAACUUAAGGAUAAAUUUAGGUGUGAAUUUUUUUUAAAUUCUCUUAAAAUAGCAGAAGGAUAGGGGAUAUCUAAAAAGUAUGCUAAAAAUGAUGCAGCAGCUAAGGCUUAUGAAAUUUUAAUUUAUUCUGAUUAUUCAUUCGCAAGAAGAACUGGAAUAAAGAUUCCAGAUGAAGAUUAUAAAUAACAGUUGGAACAGUAUGCUUUGAAGAAAAAUUUUAAAGUGGAUUUUCAAGAAGGAAUAAAAAAUGAAUUUGGAUAUUCAUAAUUUUUAAUUUAGUAUGGAGCAAGAACUUAAGUUGGUUAUGGAUUAAAAAUUAAAAAAUGUAUUAAUUACAUGUCUUAUUGUAUAUUAAAGAAACUUGAAUUUAGUGAAUAAGCGAAUUAAAUAAAAAAUUAAUAAGAAAAUACCUAAAAAGUUAAAUUUAUAAUUGUAAAAUAACAACCUAUAAAAUAAAGAGAAGAUUAAUAAAUAAAAAUAGAAGAUAAUCAAUCUUUAUUAUAACCUUCUCCUCAUAUUGCAAAUAUGAUAAAGGAAUUGAAGAUUUAACAUUUUUUAAAUAGUUUAAUAAUUUCAGAAGAUGUAUACAACUUUUUUAAUGAUUUCAUACUUUAGUUAUCUUCUUAGAAUGACUUUUUAUAUAGGACAAUAGGAUCAUUCACUACAAAAUCUAUACGUACUUUAAAACCAGAACUUGAUAUCUUGAUUAAUAUUCCUAAAGGUAAUUUUCAUUAGUUUGAAUAAUUUUUAGAUAAGACUUCAAAAUUAUUUUAAUAUAAAGUAUUCAGAAAUAAAAAACAUAUAUAAAUAGAAUUGCCAUUUUAAACAAAGAGUAAAUUCUUGAGAUGGACAUUAUCAUCUCUUAAAGUUAAUAUGUAUAUUAAAAAGAAGUUGACUUCUGAUUCUUUAAUUCAUGAUGAAUAUAUGAAAUAAUAUUAAGUGUAAUAUCUAUUAAAUAGAUAUUCAACUCAAUAUCUCUCAUUAAUUCAUCAAUGGAAAGAAGACUCAAAAAUUCCAUUAAAUUCAACCAUCUUAGACUAUUUAAUUGUUUAAGUCUCAAAUUAUUUCUAAACAAAAAAUCAUCCUUUUGUUGUAUUAAAAUAACUAAUAUUCCUAUUAAAAAAUGGAAUUCUUGAUGAUAUUCUAGAAUUUGAAAAAGGUGAAAUUGAACUAAACCCAUUUCUUUAAGCAAUUCCAGAACAUUAAAUUAUAUUUAUUAAAAAGAUAUCUGAUUAAAAUCGUAAAUAAAUAAAAGAAAUAGCUGAGUAAUAUGAUGAUAAGAAAAUUUAGAAUUGGAUAUCAAAUUAUAUGGAUUGA